AAAGGAGGCAUUACAAUGACUGGGCAUCACUGGGGUUACGGAGAGGAGGACGGUCCUUCUGCUUGGCACAAAGCCUACCCCAUUGCCCAGGGCAACCGGCAAUCACCUAUUGACAUUGUUCCAUCAGAGACUGUGUAUGAUCCUAGCCUCUCUCCCAUCUCACUGUCUUAUGACAACUGCACCUCCAUCAACAUCUCCAACAACGGCCACUCUGUUGUGGUGGAGUUUGAUGACACGGAUAACAGAUCAGUAAUCCAGGGGGGUCCUCUCCAGAAUGCCUACAGACUAAAACAGUUUCACUUCCACUGGGGAGGAAAGGGCUGCCAUGGCUCUGAGCAUACUGUUGCUGGACAGACCUAUGCAUCAGAGCUUCAUCUUGUGCACUGGAACGCUGCCAAGUACAAGUCGUUUGGGGAGGCGGCUGCAGCCCCUGAUGGCUUGGCUGUCCUUGGCAUCUUUUUGAAGACCGGUGAUGAACACAAAGGUCUACAUGGCAUAACAGAUGCUUUGUACAUGGUCAAAUUUAAGGGAAGCGUUGUUGAUUUCAAGGACUUCAACCCAAAGUGCCUCCUGCCGAGCAGUCUGAACUACUGGACGUACCCUGGCUCGCUCACCACCCCCCCUCUGUACGAGAGCGUCACAUGGAUCAUUCUGAGGGAGCCUAUAGUGGUGUCAGAGAAACAGAUGGGGAAAUUCAGAAUGCUGCUUUUCAGCGCUGAGGAGGAGGAACAGCGUAAACGUAUGGAGAACAACUUCCGACCGCCACAGCCUCUGAAGGGCAGAACCGUGCGCGCUUCCUUCAAGUAG